AUGUCAAGUAAAGUGAAGAAAGAAUGUCAUAAUAAGAGCUAUGACAUUAUUUGUGACAUCCGUCGUGGUAAAACUAAUAAAGUAAUAGAACAAAUAAGAGAACAUGGUCUACAGUACUCGCCUUCAUGGUUACAAGGUUAUGUUUUAUUGCGGGAAGCUUUGAUAAAUAAAAAUAUAGCAGUAGUUAAAUUCCUGUUAUCAAAAAACCCAAGAGUAAACCAUCAUAACAAGCUAGCGACUGAUACUCCGCUGCAUUUAGCAGUUGCCAAUGGGUACAGAAGCAUCGUCAAGGAAUUGCUGGAACGAGAUGCUGACAUAAACGUCGUAAACUCACAAGGUAAAACUCCACUUGAUCUUGCCGUUGACAAAAAAUACUUAUCAAUAAUUGAAUUGAUUAUUCAUAAAAAUGUAAAUGAUGAUCUGUCACUUACAUUUUCUAAGCUGGAAGAUCAUAAAUUGUUACAUAUCGCUGCUAAAUCUAGCGUAAUUAUCGUUAAGAAAUUAUUAGCUAAAGGUCUUGAUGUUGAUUUGGUCAGAGACGGAAUGACUCCCCUUCAUCGCGCGGCUCAGAGUGGCUGCUUGCCGGUUGUCAAUUGUCUUAUAAAUAACAAAGCGGAUGUCAAUGCUGUAUCAACUAAUAAAAGUUAUCUUGGAUACUCAGUUCUUCAUUUUGCGAUAUACGGUUGUAAUGCUAAAGUUGUCAAGCUUCUCAUAAAAAAUGGCGCUCGUGUCAAUGGAACCCGUAAUAAAUUAUCGCCACUUUGCUGUGCAAUAAAAAAUUGCAACAAUGACCAAAUUGUCAAAGUUUUGCUGAAAAAUGGGGCCAAUGUCAAUGCUAUAACGAAAAACAAACUUACAGCACUCCACUGCGCUGUCACUCACAAAAAAACAACUCUAGUUAAAUUGCUACUAAACCAUGGAGCUGACAUCAGUGUCAAAGAUAAAGAAGGUCGCAAUAUUUUGAAUUUUGCAUAUGACUGUUAUACAUCGUUAAAAAUAUGGAAGGUUCUUGUAAAUCAUGGAGCUGACGUUAACGCAUUAGAUGAAUCGACAGCAGAGAAAAAACAAUCGUUACUCCAUAAAGCGGUCAAGCAUAGCAGAGUUGAUUUGAUUGAUUUUUUAAUUUAUAAUGGCGCUGAUCUAGAUGCUGUUAAUUCCACUGGAGUUACGCCGAUAUUUUAUUCAGUAAGAAAGAACUUACAUGCUCAAAUAUCUGCAGUGAUGUUACUUCUGGAUGCUGGUGCUGAUGUAAAUGUCAAGGAUUUGAAAGGCAGAACUCCACUUGAUGUUGCUCGCAAAUAUCAAUGCGUUUUUCAAGUUCAGGUUCUUCUUUUCUUUGGCGCUGAUAUCAAUGCACUGUGCAAUAAUAAUUAUUUACCUAUUCAUUGGUGCGAAUUGAAAUUUUUUUACGAAGUAGAAAAUGAAGAUGUGAAUAUAAUAGCUUCAUGGGAAAUUAUGAAUUUUAUUUAUAAGCACGCUGCUCUUCUGAGGACGGCGGGUCUGCCUGUUAGUCAAAAAUAUUACGAAAUAGAUGUCUUCAAAUGCUCAUGCUGCAACGAGAGGCUUGAUUAUGCUUGCAAUUUUACUGAUGAGCUGAAAAAUGAGCUGAAAAAUUUAAGGAGUAGUUACAUCACUUGCAAAAUAACAUUUCAUGAUCUGCUUACUAAAAGCGUCCAAGAGUUGGCUGUCUACAAAAAAAACCCAGCGAUAAUUAAAGCUAUUGAAUCUGUUGAUAUUUUGGAAAAUUAUUUUUAUUACGGGGGUUUAAUUAAACAUUACUAG